AUGGCUCCAGAGGAUCAAGAAAAAAUUGUCUUCCGCACUCCAAAAGGAAUAUAUUGCUACACUAUGAUGCCUUUUGGGUUGAAAAAUGCAGGGGCAACUUACCAAAGAGCUAUGACAACAAUUUUCAAUGACAUGCUUCACAAUACCAUUGAGUGUUACGUUGAUCAUUUGGUGGUUAAAACCAGAAAAAGGGAGCAUCAUUUGAGUGACUUAAAAUGA